CUUAAUGUUAUCAACAUCACACAGCGCCAAAUGCAAUGGAUCUAAAUACGUCAUACUUUUAUAAUUUUCUUUAAAAUGUUGUAAAAGUGUACUAUUUCCUGAAAUAUAUUAUUUUGAAAAUUAAAGGAGUAGUGUGACUUUUAUGUUGCUUUUAAACAUUGUAUUUCAGACUCCUCAUUGACUUGCUUUACUACAAUAUGAUUUUUAAGAUUACCUUUUUUCAGUGACAGUUUUACAUUUAUUCGAUAAAUGGGACAUAUUACUUAUACUUAUCAUUGAAUUUAAAACAGAUUACUAAUGUUUACAGCAUGGUUCCCAUUCCAUUCCAUUUUCACACACAAAUAAGCUAGUAUGUGCUUGUUUGUCUUUACCUUAAAAUGUUAUAUUAAUUCAGCUAUUACCGAUUUUAAACCAUGGUUUAUGUCUUAACAUAACAAAUGGCACAAGAGUAACUACAAGUACAUCAGUUGGACCAUAAAGCUGGAGAACCUGGAUGGGCUAUUUUCAUCCAUGAAAGAGAAUUGGAAAAGGAAAGAAUGAUAGUGCAGGGGAAUCAAUGGCUUUGAAAUUGAUGAAGAAGAUACGUGAUUUUGGACUCAUGUCUAUGUUACCUGUAUGAAGGACAGUUGGUCUUCUGAGAAUCAGGAGGAAGAAACACCAUGUGGCUUACCUUUCACUUGGAAAUAUAGCUUUUUAAAAGAGAUGGCUGACAAGGCUGGAAAAAAUCUUUCAGGCCCACUGUACAUUGAAGUUGAAUAUGAUUAUGAGUAUGAAGCAAAAGACAAAAGGAUUGUGAUAAAACAAGGGGAGAAAUACAUCUUAGUAAAAAAGACUAAUGAUGACUGGUGGCAAGUCAAAAAGGAUGAAAACUCCAAACCCUUUUAUGUGCCAGCACAAUAUGUUAAAGAAAUAACCCGCAAAGCACUAAUGCCACCUCUUAGGUCAUUAGUUGGACUGCCAAACAACUCUCUAAAACUUGCACAUGGUUUACAGAGGUCAACAGAAAAUGUGAAUAAAUCUCCAGAACUUUCAACUUCAGGGAAAUCGUAUCUAGUUCAAGCUCAGGAUGCCAACCAGAAUCUGGGACCAAAUAGUAGCCCAGGUCAGAAUACUGGACUUAGCAUAGAACUUGCACUAAACAAUGGAAAGUUUAAUGAAUUACAGUUUGUUAAAGUUUCCAAUCAGAACAUGAACUUAUCUGGGUCUCACUUUCAUUGUUCAGAAUGUAUGGAAACCGAGAAGACCAGCUUCUUGCAAGAACAACCCUGUGAUUCUGUAGGGGAAGGAUCAGAAAAACUCCACCAAGAUUCAGAGUCUGGAGAUGAUCUUAGUAGCAGUUCCACAGAACAAGUACAGCCAGUAACACCCCCAAGCCAAGGAAGACCAGAUUCACCUGUUUAUGCUAACUUACAAGAACUGAAAAUUUCGCAAUCUGCACUACCGCCUGUACCUAUAAGUCCUCCAGUCCAAAUUAGUGGGGAGUGGGAGACCCAUAAGGAUAUUACAGGACGCUACUACUAUUACAACAAAGGAACACAGGAGAGAACCUGGAAACCCCCACGUUGGACUCGGGAUCCAAGCAUAACUAAAGCAGACUGUUCUAACCAAGUGGAUCAAGAGACACUUUCAACCCAAGAAGACUCUCCCAGUCCUUGUAACAGCCAAACAGAUAGUCAGUAUGAUUCUCCUCCCAAAGGCUGGUCUGAGGAGAUGGAUGAACAUGGCCAAACACAAUAUACCAGUGACCUCACCAACGAAAAGUGGGUAAAACAUGUAGAUGAACAAGGUCGGGCGUAUUAUUACAAUGCAGAUGGAACACGAUCAGAAUGGACUUUGCCAAAUUAUAAUGCUUCAUUACAACAGCAAAAAGAAAUAGUUAAAAGCAGAAGUUUGGAGAGGAGACUUCAGGAACCAGUAGUUUUAACAAAAUGGAGACAUAGUUGUGUUGUGCUGGACACAAAUGACAAGGAUUUUCCUUUUCCUGCAAAGAUUGUUUUUCCUGAGAAUGGAUCCUCUCCUUCCUCACCAAGGCAUCAAACCACAGAUCAAGAAAAGUAUGGAUUAUUAAAUGUAACUAAAAUUACAGAAAAUGGAAAAAAAGUCCGAAAGAAUUGGAUGUCAUCUUGGGCAGUAUUGCAAGGUUCCUCAUUACUGUUUACCAAGACCCAAGGAAGUGGAACUGGUUGGUUUGGGGUCAAUCAGUCUAAACCAGAGUUCACAGUGGAUCUCAAAGGUGCAUCUAUUGACUGGGCUUUAAAGGAGAAGUCGAGCAAGAAAAAUGUGAUCGAGAUGAAAACACGGCAGGGAACUGAACUGUUAAUUCAAUCAGACAAUGACAUAUCUAUUAUGGAAUGGUUUAGAGUUCUUGAAUAUGCUAUCAGUAAUCAGACAGUAGAGUCUGAAGAAGCACUGGAUGAUGAAAUGCCAGAUUCUCCUGGAAUGGAAAAACAAGACAAAGAAAAGGACCAUAAAGAUUCUAAAAAACUUCGCUCACUAAAAAUAUCUAGCAGUAUUGAUUCUUCAGAACAAAAGAAGACUAAAACGAAAUUGAAGAAGUUUUUGAUCCGCAGACCUACCUUACAAGCAGUCCGUGAAAAGGGCUACAUUAAGGAUCAGGUAUUUGGCUGCAAUCUAAGCAGUUUGUGUCAAAGAGAAAAUAACACUGUGCCAAAAUUUGUGAAGAUGUGCAUUGAACAUGUUGAAGAACAUGGAUUGGGUAUUGAUGGAUUGUACAGAGUUAGUGGUAAUCUUGCAGUAAUACAGAAGCUAAGAUUUGCAGUUAAUCAUGAUGAAAAACUGGACUUGAAUGACAGCAAAUGGGAAGAUAUCCAUGUCAUUACGGGGGCUUUGAAAAUGUUUUUUAGAGAAUUGCCAGAACCAUUAUUCACUUACAGCCAUUUCAAUGAUUUUGUCAAUGCCAUUAAACAAGAGCCUCGGCAACGUGUUCAAGCUGUAAAAGAGCUGAUUAAACAGUUGCCAAAGCCAAAUCACGAUACGAUGCAGGUGCUGUUCAGACACCUCAGGAAAAUUGUAGAAAACGGAGAGAAGAAUCGAAUGACCUAUCAAAGUAUAGCCAUAGUCUUUGGCCCAACUUUAUUAAAACCUGAGAAAGAGACUGGUAAUAUAGCAGUUCACACAGUGUAUCAAAACCAGAUUGUAGAAUUAAUCCUACUGGAAUUGAACUCAGUCUUUGGACGUUGAAUUUGUUAAGCCAGAUUGGCCUUUGAAAGACAAAAACUUGGCUCUGACAGAAACAGCAUCUCAGUUUAUAUUAUGUAUUUGUGGACCAAGCAGCAACUUGUGAUGAUAUUGCACUUUUGGGGGGAGGGAGAAGAGUGUGAUUUAUUUUUGCUGGGUUUUGGAAACUAUUAACUGAAUUUUUUUUACAAUAAAUGUUAUGGAUAUUAUAAAGUUUAUAUGAUUCUAGUGACACUUAAACUGAAGAUUUUAUAUAGAUGUACACACUGGAUUUCUUUUGCGGAAGCAGCUAAUUUCAGUCAGGAUUAUCUAGAAUGGCAUUUUAAUCUUGAUUUUUAAAUACAGGUUGUCCUCAACUUAUAACCAUUAUUUAAUGAUCACUCAAAUUUAUAACAGUGCUGGAAAAAGUGACUUAUGACCAGCCCUUGCACUUAUGACUGUUGUAAUGUCCCCACAGUGGUUUAGAUACUUGGAAACCAGCAUGUAUUUAUGACAGUUGCAGUGUCCCAGGAUCGCAUGAUCACCACUUGCAACCCUCCCAAAAAAAAAGCUAGUGGGGGGAGUUGGAUUUGCUUGACUAUUGUGUGAUUCAUUUAACAACUAUGGUAAAAAGUUGUAAAACUGGGAAUGGUCACAUAAUGACAUACUUACACACAUUGCUUACUGACAGAAGUUCUGUACCAAUUGUGGUCAUAAGUCAAAAAUUCUGUAAUCUUAGGCUUACCACUUAUUUUAUUUUAUUUUGGAGAAAAUAAACUCUUAUCAACUGACUUUGAAGAUCUUUGUGAGCUUUUUUUAGUGAAUCAGUGCAGUACAUGCUCACAAAUUAAAUGUACAAGAGAAUUCCUAUUAUUCAGUUACCGGUUUCUGUAUUAAUUUGAAAGAUUAAACAAGUGCUAAUAGCGAUCUGUGUAAAUCCUUCACUACACCAAUUUUAUUUUGCAUUGCCAUUGAUAUUACUGGACUUGCUCAGAUUUUAGCUGGUGUUUUUAACUCUUAUUGCUUCAGACACUGAAUUGGUGCAUAUAACUAGUGGAGGAUAUAUCUAUGACGGACUGGAGUUUUCAGCAUUUUUUCAAGAUGUAUAUGUUAUUUGAGAUUUAAUCAUAUUUAGUAAAUCUAACUGAAGGUUGAUAUUGUAGUGAAUUCUUGUAUGAACCUGUGGUAGUGAAAUUAGAUGUAAGUACACACUGAAAUCUAACUGGGUGUUUUAUUUUUUAUUAUUAUGUGUAUACACUGUUGUAUACUUUUUACUCCUACACUUUGAAUGUGUAAAUUAAUAACUGGUAUUUUCGUGUACCUCCAGUGGAUAUUCUAUUCCUACAGAAAAAUGGGUUAUCUGGAAAACUGUGUGCACUUUUUCAAUGCUAACAUCUGCACGCCAAUAAUUCUAAUGCAAAUGGUACUGGAAAAGUACUGAGUCUGCUUGCUUUACAUAUUUAAUGCACUACAAGCAGAACCUCUGGUGUUGCUUAGUAUGUCCAGGAGCUAUAUUAGAUAAAUAUAUUGCAAAUUCUAACAUCUAUAUAUUGCAGAAACUUAUAUUUGAAUAGAUGGAUGACUGGAUGUAAUUCUAACAUCUAUAUAUUGCAGAAACAUAUAUUUGAAUAGAUCAAUGACUGGAUGUAAUGAAAAUGCUGAACUUAAGGAUUCCUUUUGCCCUUAAUGAUGUAGAUUGAUUUAUAAAAUAAUUUCAGAAGAUUUUGUUACAGGAUACAUGGUCUGCAGAAGAUUUUUUAAACUGUAUUUUUCUAGAUUAACUGCUGUAUCUGACAUUUGCUACGUGGAAAUGAAGUAAACAAAACCGUUAGCUGUUUGGAAUGUGGUGCUUCAGGUUUGAAAUGCAAGUUGUGCCAUAUUGAAACCGUAAAUACAAACAAACCAAUCAUUUGUUGCUUGGUAGUUUUAUAUUGCAAUAAUGAUCUUUGACUUACAGGAACACAAUGAAUUUGUUGUUGACAAACACUCCGGAUGGUCAGAAAAGAAGUGGAAGGGGGGGACUAUUGAACAAUAACUCUCUCUACAGAAUUGAUGGAGAAUUGCUCUCGCUAUUUUAUUUCAUUAUUUUAACAUUAUUAAGGCAUUGUUAUAAAAGGCUUUCUUGAGAAGAAAAACUCCAUAAUGUUGACCUCACUGAAGAAAAGGUCCAGUUCUAUUAUUGAUCAUAGAGGUUUUUGUGGAAGAAACAAGAUGCCGGUCAUUAAGGCAUCUGUAAACAAUGUGUGUACUUCCUGAGAACCAAAAUACAUAAUACAUUCCUUUACUAGUUUCAGUCAUAAAGAUGAUUGUAGAAUUUAUUUUCUACCUGUACCUGUCUUUGAGAACAUUCUCCUCCUGACCAGAAAUAAUAGCUUAUUGAAUAAAACUUUAUUUUCUGUAUUCUUACUUAUCUUAUGUAACCAGUUAUAAAACUAAAAAAAAAGUAUUGCUGGGAAAAAAAAUUCUGAUGGAAGAUUAGCUCCCGUCCCAUAGCUUAGAAAGUUAUCAUUAGAAUGUUAAAGACUAUUUCUUUGUAUCUAAUAUCGAAAAUGCUGCAGCUUUGCUUCUUCUUUCUUAGACAGAUAUUGAGAACAUUUAAUAUAGUGUAAAGCAAACUUUGUGAUAAAUGGCUUUUGCAAAUGUAAUUCUGGAGGCUAAUCAUUCAACAUAUACUUUUAUCAUUCCUCUCCAAAUACGUUGUUAAUAGCUAGAAAAUUUCUUAAGUCAUGUAGCUGAAACAUCCAUCCUUAUAAUAGAUAUUAGCUCAUCUUUUAAAUGUGCAUCUUAGUUUGGCAAAAUAAGCAAGAAUCACCUUGUUAAACUUCUUCAAGCAUCCUAUAAAUAUUCCGAACUGCAUUAAUUGGAGUAUGUCUCAAAACAGGUGCAGUACAUAUUCCUAAUUUUGAAUCUGUUUCAGUAAUUCAGUAGUAUAAAACAGCCUUUAUCCAAAGAUUAUGAAAGUUUGAUAAAUCACAUAUAUAGUAUAAAGAAGAUGGAACAAUGUAUUAUUGUCAUUUUGAAAUGAUGUUUUGUAAUGAGAAAGAAAGUAUUUUGCUUGUUGCAGUACACUAUAUUUGCCUAGGUAGAUGGCUAAUGAAUUAAUUGGCUUUGAUAUAUGAUAGUAUAAUUUCCAUGACUUGUUUCUUAAAUCUCUUAAUCUGAAUUAAACAUUCUUUAAAUGUUGUGCCAGAAAUAAACUGUUAUUUAAAUACUUCCAUCUGAUAAUUUGAAAUUACACAAAUAAAAAUUAAUAAUUACUGAAACUGAAAAAAAAUAUAUGUCCCAAACCAAAUUUAGGAAUUUUUGGCAUAAAUUAAUAUUUAAAAGAAUCUGGAAUCAAUGUUGCAAUUAUCAUAUCAAAGCUAUUGGCUCUAAUACAUCAGUAUGUAUUUACUAGAAGUGUGCCUGUGUUUCAGAACAAAUAAAUUGUGCUAAUUCAGGAUUGCUUUGUUGGAAAUGGUUGCGUUUUCUCUGGGAUGCAGGGAGACACUUAAUUAGUGGAAUUCAAAUUAUCUUGUACUUUUUAAAUUAAGAACUGUGGAUUACCGUGAAAUGAGUUUUACUCAUUACUGGCAAUGAGUUUGAUGCUCUUUUUGACACAAAUAAACAUUUAACUCUCAA